UUGUUUGACAGAGGUUCUUAUGUUGUUGCCUUCUGAUUAAAUUUUCUAGGAUUUAAGGGUUGACAGAUCGUACUUUAUCUGGGAAAAAAUUGUUUUAUUCUUUAAAACGUUUAAAUAUUUUCAAUCUACCUUGGCGCAAUGGCUUUUCAGAAUCUUUGCUCAAGAUUGACAACAAAGAGAUUUGCUGAUAAACUCAUACUUCUGAAGAAAAAUGAUUAUGCCAGCAGUGCUUCAUUUGAAACAAAGCCAUUCAAACUGUUCAAAUUGACUGAAGGGCCGUCGACGAAAGUGUCUAUUACGUCAGAUGUUGCUUUGUCUUUCUAUAGGACAAUGCAAGUAGUGAGGAGGUUGGAAACGGCUGCUGGUAACUUGUACAAAGAAAAGUUGAUCCGUGGCUUCUGCCACUUAUAUUCAGGACAGGAAGCUGUCGCUGUUGGGAUCAAAGCGUCCUUGAGAGAGCAGGAUAGUGUGAUUUCAGCAUAUAGAGUCCACGGUUGGGCGUACAUUAUGGGUGUCCCGACAUUUGGUGUACUUUCUGAACUCACCGGGCGUAAGUCAGGCUGUUCGAGGGGAAAGGGUGGUUCCAUGCACAUGUAUGGACGCAAUUUCUAUGGUGGCAAUGGGAUUGUUGGAGCACAGAUACCCCUCGGUGCUGGUAUUGCACUAGAGCAUCUUUAUAACAAAACAGGUGGAGUCUGUGUAGCACUUUACGGUGAUGGAGCUGCUAACCAGGGACAGGUGUUCGAGACGUACAAUAUAGCUAAGCUUUGGAACCUACCGAUAAUUUUUAUUUGCGAAAACAAUGGAUAUGGCAUGGGGACAAGUGUAGAAAGGGCAUCUGCCAAUACAAAUUAUUAUACAAGGGGUGAUUUUAUUCCAGGAAUUUUGGUAGAUGGGAUGGACGUCUUGGCUGUAAAGGAAGCUACAACAUUUUCUGUAAACCAUUGUUUAACCGGAAAAGGACCGAUAUUGAUGGAAAUGGUAACAUACAGGUACAGUGGCCAUUCUAUGUCAGAUCCAGGCACAUCGUACCGAACAAGGGAAGAAAUUCAAGAAGUGAGACAGACAAGAGACCCAAUUACAUCCUUCAAGGAGAAAAUCUUGACCUCAGCAUUGGCCACUGAAAACCAACUUAAGGAGAUCGAUUCUGAAGUUAAAAAAGAAAUUGAUGCUGCUGUGAUGAGGGCGAAAACUGACCCUGAAGUUCCCCUUGAGGAAUUAACCGGGGAUAUCUGUUUAAACUUUGUCGAGCCGAAAGUGCGUAACGUUCUCCCUUGGCACCCACUUAAGCACAAAAAUUUUGGAACUCAACUUAAGCCGCAGUAAAUGCUUGUUAAACUACGAUUCGACUACUUACCAGAAUUUGAAAAAGUUUUUAAAUGCCAAUUUUCUUGUGUAUGUUAAAUGUCUUGUUAAAAUGAAUUGUUGUUGUUAU